AAAAACAAAAAAAAAACGUUAGCUUGUGUUGCUAAUUUGGGAUAGUAAAUGGAUGUCUCUCUCAUUUGACAGACUCUGUAAGAAUGUUCUUUCUAUCUAAUUGUUUUGAACCACGAAGACAAUUUUAUACUGGUUGGAGCAGAACAGGAUCGUAUUUGUUUUGAUCAGUAAAUUAUAUGCAUUGUCAGCCACCGAUGAGCUAAAGCAGCUAACGUGAGGAAAAAAAGAAGGCUUUAAAAGUUAAUGAUUUAAUGCUAUAACGCCAGUCUUCUCUCUGACUUUGCGAGGUCUGGAUGGGGAGACCGAGUCGACUGUGAAUGUCUUCUCCACCUCUUGUCUUUCACCAAAUGAUUUGAGGAAAUUACAUCAGAACCAGAACUUCUGUCCAAAGCAUCAGACUCUUAACUCUGCAUCAUCGCUUCUGCUCUGCUACUGUGUACAUUUUCUGUAGGGUUAGAUGAUGAUCACAAAGAAGAUAGGGGUUAUAUUGCCUUGAAGGUGCAGACUGGGAUUGUGAAAAGGAGAAUCCCUGGUAAAGGAUGUCUGACAUGGUGAAGACUGAAGCAGAAGAGCCUGGAGGGCCAGGUUAUGUUCCCCUCUUAGCUGAACCUUUUCCAUUAAAGAUGGAGCACAUGCAAGACAGAAAAGACCUCGCUCAUCAGAUGCUGGUGAUUAAAGAAGAGGAUACACAUGGCUGUUCCCCCAGUUUGGACCAGCAGGACCAAGAACCUUCUCGCAUAAAGGAGGAAGAGGAGGAACUAUGGCUCAGCGAGGGGGAAGAGAAGCUUACUGUGAAGAGUGCAGAAGAAGCGAAACCUCAAUUAUUAGAACUUCAUCAAAUCAAAAGUGAAGACAACAGAGAGACAGAAAAUCCAACCCUCAGUUCAGCUGAUCCGAUGGAAAAACAACCUAACGGAGGAUACUGUGGAGGUCCAGAACUAGACUUCGACUCAGAUCCAGUGUGUUCCUAUCAGAAAAGUAAGAUAACAGUUCACAGAAGGGGUAAAGGAUCUAAACUACGCAUCAAGCUGAAUGCCCAGGGCCAAAUCCAUAAAGGAGAGAAAUCAUUUGGUUGCAAUAUUUGUGGCAAAAGAUUCAAACGUGAGACUAACUUCAAAUUACACGUUGUGAUUCACAAUGAAAAGAGAGAACAUAUUUGUAAUCUUUGUAGUAAAGGAUUUAAGAUAAAGCGCGCUCUUCAGACACACAUGAGACGGCACACAGGAGAGAGACCGUUUGCCUGUGAAAAUUGUGGUAAAAGGUUCCAUGCAAAGAGUAAUCUCACGAGUCACUUAAAAGUCCACUCAGAAGAAAAACCAUUUUCUUGUGAUGUUUGUGGUACUAGGUUUAUAAGAAAUGAAAACCUUAAAAGGCACAUGUGGAUCCACACCACAGAGAAGCCAUUUGUUUGUAGUGUUUGCAAUAAGGGAUUUUCACUGCAGCAGAGGCUGGAAACUCACAUGCAUGCUCACAAGGGAGAGAAACUCUUUAUGUGUACUGUUUGUAGUAAAGGAUUUUCCAGACAUGAGAAUCUUAAAAGGCACAUGCGUGUCCACACAGGAGAGAAACCGUUCGCCUGCAGUUUUUGCAGUAAAGGAUUUUCACUACAAGAGACGCUAAAGAGUCACAUGCGUGUUCAUACGGGAGAGAAGCCAUUUAUUUGUAGCAUUUGUAGCCAAGGAUUUUCUCUGCAACAGAAUCUAAAGAGCCACAUGUAUGUUCACACGGGAGAAAAACCCUUUAUUUGUAGUGUUUGUAAUAAAGGAUUUUCCCGGCAGGUAUAUCUAAAAAGUCAUAUAAAGGUUCAUACAGCACCUUUUAGCUGUAGCAGUUGUAGUAAAUGUUUUAUGAAUGAAGAACAGCUACAGAGACAUGUGAGAUUUCACUCGGAGGACAGGCCGUUUAGUUGUGAGGUCUGUAAAAGUAGAUUCAAUCAAAAGAUUCAUCUUGAAAGUCACAUGCGGGUUCAUUCAGGAGAGAAACCUUUUGUUUGUAGUGUUUGCAGUAAAGCAUUUUCACGACCAGGGGAUCUGAACAGACACAUGGGUAUUCACAAGGGCUACAGCUAAUGAUUGAUUGACAGCUAAUUUUUCAAUAUGAUUUUAGGCAAUGAAAUUAUUAUAAUAAUCAGGGGCUGAAAUUCACUGCUAAAAAGUGGGAAUAGCGAAUUAUCUGAUCCGCAAAUCCAUUUUUUUUAUAAUGUGGGAAAUUCCCCCUUAAAAAAAAAAAAAUCGUGGGAAUGUGUAGCUACUAAUGUUGAUGUUUUCGGAUUUACACAAAGAAGAA